AUGUGUGCAGAAAAAGAGGCAAUUCUUUUAUCACUGUCACAUCAAAAUACGGCAACGAGUUCUCAGGAUGUGAUUACAGCGUGGACCAAAUGUUGUACCGAAGUUAAUGCCAGCAAAGAACAAAUCAAUCGAAUUACAAAAGGUGCAAAAGCUUGGACAGUUGGGUAUGGUAGAUUGUGUUAUUUAAAAGAUUACAUCGAACAAAGAGUUACCCAAAAUCGAUCACUGGAAACUACAUGGUGUUACGAGAAAACAUAUGGUCGAGGCCUCGACUUCAUCAAUGUACGCGAUUUUAUGCUAGAAAAUAAGAAGCUUCCACCGGGGAAAAUAUGUUCUCACAGAUUGAAGACCCCAAUUCGGUAUUCCAAUGAUACGAUGUUUGCAUAUUGUUUCAUGAUAAAACAGGAUGAUGGAGAAGUAUCAACGGUUUGUUGCUGCUCCUCUAUUGUUGACAAGCCAUGUAAUUUUAUAAGCGAAAAAUAUCAUAUCGAGAAAACCAACGUAUAUUAUACCAAAAAAAAUCUUCAGACACGGGAACACUGCUUGUCACUAGAUGGUAAGCGUGAUCUGUGUCUCUUGGCAAGCGGUCACAAAGUUGUUUGCUACUAUAUUGCCGAUAUGAAGAAUGGAAAGGUGGAAGGCGGAUGUGCUCUGUCAUUGACGAGGAAGACUGAACGUCACAGACUUGCCAAUAUUUGUUUGAUCAAAGAGUUGUACAAUCUGGCGAUACCAGUCGAAUACUUACACACAGCCGAAGCCAUUAAAAUUUUUUGUUGCGCGGGAAGAGAUGACUGCAAAGGAUCAGUAUUGGAAAUGAGACGUCUGAAAAGACUUUUUGAAAGUGAACAAUUACGAACAGUCAAAACUCUAAAGGAGGAAGAUUUUGCAUUUAUUUCUUCCAAAUGA